UUACGUUUUAAGUAGGUAAACAGAUAAGUGAAUAAAUAAUCGCCCCAUUGAGAUUAAACCUCCGUGGAUGCACUUAAGCCAGCCCACUAAAUCAUAUCUAAUGUUAUAUUCAUCUGUUGGUUGAUUGUUAAGCGACUAUUUAACAGGUUAAUGAGAGUAACAGAAUAGAAACAGAAUAGAAAAAGUUUUCCCUCGGUAUUUUUGUUUGCUUCAUUUUCCCUCAACCAUAUUGAAUUCAUCAUGAGAAUUGCCAUAAUUGGACAGAGCAUUUUUGCUAGCUCAGUGUUUGAUGAGCUAGUUAAACGAGGACACACGAUCGUUGGUGUAUUUACAGUUGCUGAUUCGGAAGAUGGUCGACCAGAUCCAUUGGCAUUAACAGCUUCCUCAGCCGAUGUACCUGUUUUCAAGUUUAAGCGGUGGCGCAUUAAGGGAGCCAUUAUCCCAUCUGUUUUUGCAUCUUACAAGUCAGUUAAUGCAGAGUUGAAUGUUUUACCCUAUUGUACACAAUUUAUCCCAUUAGAUGUAAUUAAUUAUCCGUCAAAAGGUUCUAUUUGUUAUCAUCCAUCAUUAUUACCUCGUCAUCGUGGUGCUUCAUCCAUUAACUGGACUCUCAUCGAAGGUGAUGCUCAAGCCGGUUUUACCAUCUUUUGGCCCGAUGAUGGUCUUGACACUGGUCCCAUUUUACUUCAAAGAUCGGUAGCUGUCUCUAUUAAUGACACGGUUGAAAGUCUGUACAACAAUUUUCUGUUUCCUGAAGGAAUUAAAGGAAUUGCUGAUGCUGUUGAUAUGAUUAAGUCGGGAACUGCUCCAUCCAUCGCACAAUCAGAAGAAGGAGCCUCAUACGAUCCUAUGUUGAAUAAAGAUGAACUGUGUCGUUUACCUAUUGGCUCAUUAACAGGAUUAAAGUUGCAUAAUUUUAUCAGAGGUAUGGAUAAAGUUCCUGGUUCAUGGAUAAUCUUACAAGAUGAGAAGGUUCGUCUUUUUGGCUCAAGUUUGGUGACCAGCAAUAGUAAACCAUUGACUGGUACUCAAAUUACAAUUGAAGGAAGCGAUAAACCUGGACUGAUCAACGAAAAAGGAUUAAUAAUAUUCGGUACAGAUGAUGUUGCUGUCUGUGUCAGUCGGUUACAGCUUGUCAGCUCUGGUAAAAUGAUUGCUGCUUCAAAAUGGGGAUCAACUGAAUCGACUACAAAGAUUGAGUUUACCAAUGAUGAGAAAGAAUCAAUUGUUACACCAAUCAAAGAAAUGUGGAAAUCAAUUUUGAGAAAUGAAGUUGAUGAUGAUACAGAUUUCUUCAGAUCUGGAGCUGGCUCUAUGGAUGUUACUCGGCUGGUUGAAGAAGUUAAAGAUACCUGUCCAAAUAUGGAUAAACUGAGCAAUGAAGAUGUUUAUAUGAACACAACGCUAUUGGAAUUCACCCAAGCAGUAGUAUUAUUAAGUCGAUCUUCGGGUGCAGAAUCGUCAAUCCAAAUAGACUUGGUCCGAUUGACAGCAAAUAAAAGAGAAAUUUCCUUUCCAAAUCAACUGUUCAUCAAUGGACGAUUUGUUGAUUCGUCAAAUGGCAAAACAAUACCAACAUACAAUCCUGCAAAUGAACAAAUUAUUUGCUCAGUUCAUGCUGCAACUCCUGAAGAUGUUGAUUCUGCUGUUGAGGCAGCACAGAAAGCAUUUGAUUCAGGAGAAUGGUCCAAAAUGUCAGCUCGUGAUCGCGGUCGUUUGUUAUACAAAUUAGCUGACUUGAUGGAGGCCCAUAAAGAAGAAUUGGCUACAAUUGAAUCACUUGAUUCAGGAGCUGUAUAUACUCUUGCUCUUAAAACGCACAUUGGUAUGUCUAUCGAAACAUGGAGGUACUUUGCUGGUUGGACUGAUAAGAUUCAAGGCUCAACUAUACCCAUUUCCAACGCAAGACCUAACCGCAACUUGACACUGACUAAACGUGAACCUCUUGGUGUUUGCGGUAUAAUAACACCCUGGAAUUAUCCACUCAUGAUGGUCUCAUGGAAAGCAGCAGCUUGUCUUGCAGCAGGUAACACUUUGGUUCUCAAGCCAGCCCAAGUGUCUCCAUUAACAGCACUUAAAUUGGCUGAGUUAACUGUUAAGGCAGGUUUUCCUCCAGGAGUUUUCAACGUCUUACCAGGCUCAGGCUCAGUCAUUGGUGUAGCUAUAUCGUCCCAUCCUAAUAUUAGAAAAUUGGGUUUUACUGGAUCGACACCAAUUGGAAAAGAAAUCAUGAAAAGUUGCGCUAUUUCCAACGUGAAGAAAGUUUCUCUGGAAUUGGGUGGAAAAUCACCUCUAAUUAUUUUUGCCGAUGCUGAUUUGGAUAAAUCAGUUAGAAUUGCAAUGUCUUCAGUUUUCUUCAAUAAAGGUGAAAACUGUAUUGCUGCCGGUCGCAUUUUCGUUGAAAACUCUAUCCAUGACAAAUUCAUCUCAAAGGUUAUCGCUGAAACCAAAAAAAUGGUGAUUGGUGAUCCUUUAGAUCGUUCAACUGCCCAUGGUCCUCAAAAUCAUCGAGCUCAUCUGGAAAAGCUCAUCGAAUACGUGCAAAUAGGUUUAAAAGAAGGAGCUAAACUGGUUCAUGGAGGUAAACAAGUGGAUAGACCUGGCUUGUUUUUUGAACCCACAAUAUUCACCGAAGUUACCGAUGAAAUGUUUAUUGCUAAAGAAGAAUCUUUCGGUCCAAUAAUGAUUGUUUCAAGAUUUAAUGAUGGUGAUAGAGAUGAAGUCAUUGCUCGAGCAAACAAUACAGAAUACGGAUUAGCCUCUGGUGUGUUAACCAAAGAUUUAGAUAAGGCGCUGUAUGUUAGUGAAAAAAUUACGGCUGGUACAUGCUUUAUUAAUUGUUAUAAUAAAACUGAUGUCGCUGCUCCUUUUGGUGGAUUCAAACAAUCUGGUUUUGGAAAAGAUCUUGGUCAAGAAGCUCUUAAUGAAUAUCUUAAAACUAAAACAAUCACAAUUGAAUAUUCAUAAUCAUCUUGGCAUCAUAAUCAAUAAAUAACAAAGGCCUUUUCAAAUUCAAAGCUGUUUGUUAAAUGUAAUUGUCUAUCUCCAUUUGUCAAUUAAUCAACUGAAACUUGUUUUUAAAAUUAUAAUAUUAAUCAUAAAUUGUUUUACCUGUUCAAUGUUUAUUCACAUUAAAAAAUAUUCAUA